CCUCGACUUCGCUUUUCCUUGUCAUCCACUCCAUCAUCCUUCUUCUCCCCCCCUCCCCUCUCUCUCUUCCUUACUUCCUGGAAGAUUACAGUAUGCAGGCAUAUGGAUGAUUUGCAUGCUAUAAAUCUAGUGGAAUUUUCUUUCAGCGAUUUCUUCCCUCUCUCGAAUCACACCCAGCCCAGCCUGCAACCGCCCUGUUUGUCUGCGACACGGAUCCGUUGCCCGUGAGAUCCUUUCAUUUCCCCAGCCCCAAUCGCCCAUUCUCCGGCGCUUACCUGGGUCUAUAUAUUCUCUGGAUCGCUUAUCUGUCUUCAUUUUUCAUCUGUUCGCCACUCGAUUAUAUCGUCGUUCGUGCUGGGAAAUAAUGUCGACAACUACCACCACCACCGCUCUCACGUCUACAACGCUAGUCGGCACGCUACCCACCAUGACCAAGGCUACCACCCCGUUGAACGGGGACACCGGCUGCCCGUCGUGCGGCCAGGAGGAGUAUCUCGCGCCGGGCGCCUUGCAAGAUGCCCGCCAGAAGGUGAAAGACCUGGAAGGGCAGGUGAAUGGGUUGAACACCCAAGCCACGCAAAUGGCCGAGAAAUUGGCCGAAUACGAGGAGGAAGUUCGCCGUCUACGCGCAAAUGGUGCGCCAGCCGCCUACACACCGACAAACGGAUCGUUCGCCUCGUCGGCGUCGUUGAACGACCUGGACAACCGAUCGCUAUCGCCCACCCAACCGCAGCCCCAGCAACAACAGGGUCGUCUAUCGACGCUGACGUCCUUCCUCCCCUAUCGCCGGUCCAGCGCGACUCCCGCGCCGCAGACUCAGGGACCUCUAUCGCCGCGACAGCCCUCACCACCGAGCCCGGACGUCACAGCUGCACUGCAGAAUCAACUCAACCGGGAACAGGACCUCCGUCGCGCCGCGGAGUCGCAGUUGACGCAGGCGCACACCGAACUCGAGGAGCUGACGGUGCAGCUGUUUAGCCAGGCCAACGAGAUGGUCGCGCAGGAGCGCAAGGCGCGCGCGCGACUGGAAGAACGAGUCGCCGUGCUGGAGCGUCGGGAUGUGGAGAAGCGUAAUCGUCUCGACCGGUUGGAGAAGGCGAUGGCUAGGGUAGAGCGCAUCCGAACGAUGGUUGGAUAGGCUCUUCCUUCCCUCAUUCUUCCUGCUUUUCCCGCUCUUGCUUUCAUUUUUUGCUUUGUUUCUGUCUCUUAUACCCUGGGUGUUAUUGGAAAUGGCCGACUGGGAUCUGUCGGCUUUGGAACGGACAUGAGACAUGAUUUGAUGGGCUCUGCUCUGGCCAUCAGUCAUGACGCUGUUAUGACCAGCAUGAAAAUG